AUGAGCGAGCGGGCUCUGCGCCUGGCCUGGGCAGUCGAGUCCUCCUCAGACGAAGAAGCAGCAGCAGAAACCCAGCCCUUGCUGCCCCCACCAUGCAGCAGCAGCAGCAGCAAGGGUGCCGCUGCGCUAGGCACAGCUUGCAGCGCCACUCACGGCCUCAGCAGCAGCAACAGCAGCGGCAACAGCAGCAGCAACAGCAGCAGCAGCAGCAGCAGUUUAGCCGAUGACAUUCUGGCUUGGGACUUUGUAGAUCCGGAUGCAGAGACGCAGUUGACGGCAGCAGGUGCAGCAGCAGCAGCAGCAGCUGCUGCUGCUGCUGCUGCCGCUGGGCUCUCAGUGGAAAAUGACUCCUUCUUUGAAGCCAUCGACGGCCUUAUAGAAGCAGAAGAGGGCCUCAUUAAGGUUUUCGAGCUGCAGCAGACGCAGCCAGGAAGAGCAGCAGCAGCAGCAACAGCAGCAGCAGCAGCAAGCACACCAGGAGGGGCUGCAGCGGUGGCCGAACGGGCUACGGCUCCUGAGACCGGCCAUGCUGCUGCUGCUGCUGCUGCUGCUACUGCUGCUGAUUACUCCUCAGCAGAAGCCGGCGGCUGUGCUGCUGCUCCAUCUUCAGGAUCCGAAGCAGAAGCAGCAGCAGCAGGAGCAGCAGCAGCAGCAGAAUGUGCAGAAGGCAGCACAUGGGGAGACGCGUUUGCUGGCUGCUGGAAGGGGGGCGUCUGCGUUGCAGCUGCUGCUGUUGCUGCUGCUGCUGCUGCUACAGAAGGCAGCAGCAGCUGGGCACAGCCGUGGGACUCUGACGCCUCUUCAGCCUCCAUCACCCCAGUGAAGACUCAGUCAAUACACCGCCUGCAGCAGCAGCAGCAGCAGCAGCAGCAACAGCAGCCGCAGGAGCAGCCACUGCAGCAGCAACCACAGCAGCAGUCGCAGCAGCUCGGAUUUGACGGCCCACAGAACGCUCUGCAGCUGCACACUGCAGGUGUUGCUGCUGCUGCUGCUGCCGCUGCUGCUGCUGCGUGCAGUAGCAGCAGCAGCAACAGAAGCCCACAGCCGUGCAGGACACCCCCAAGGCCUGGAGGGCCCCAGAGGCAGCAGCAGCAGCAGCAGCAACCGCAGCAGGCAUUAUACACACCGCCUCACCAAAGAACUAUGUCGCAGCAAUCCCUGCAGCAGCAGCAGCGACAGCAGCAGCAACAGCAACAGCAACAGCAGCGGGCUGCUCCUGCCCAAAUCUCCCUUAGCCGCUCAGGAACUCGGAUAUCCCCGCAGCAGCAGCAGCGGCAGCAGCAGCAGCAACAACAGCAGCAACAACAGCAGCAGCAGCAACAGCAGCAGCAGCACGCUGCCAGCCCAUGCUUAUCCGUCCGCAGAGAGCAGCAGCGCCAGCUGCUGCCGGAGGGCUCUGUACUGCAGCGGAACGAGCAGCAGAAGGAGCAGCAGCAGCAGCAGCAAAACCGACAGCAGCCGCAGCAUCCUCAGCAGCACCAGCACUUCAAGGUUCACCAGCAGCAGCAGCAGCUGAAGCAGCAACAGCACUUAAAUCACUUGGUCCACGCAGCUUCUCAGCCGAAUCGGCAGCAGCAGCAGCAGCAGCAAAAGCAGCAGCAUCUCUACCAACAGCAGCACCAGCAGCAGCAGCAGCAGCACCUGCAGCAACAGCAGCAGCAGCAGCAGAAGUGCGACGAGUAG